UCCCCGCUCUUCCCUCUCCCGUGUCUCCCUCAGAACCACUCAAGGUCCCUGUGAUUCCCCCAAACCAAUAUCGUAAUUGAUUCCUUGGCUACAACAUUGACCAUCACAGCCACAUCCACAUCCACAUCCACGCAAACCCAACAGAACAAGUCCAUGUCCCACAUAUUUUGAAUCUCACAAUGACGAUGACGCGCAUCGCCUCCGUGCCUCCAUAAUUGAAAGACACAUCCCUGGUGGCUCGACCGCACGGGCAUUCUCCCCUCAUUCCUUUUCCUAAUUGCUCUGUUGUGACAUUAUACACCAUCCAUUACUUCCGUCAAAGGAAUUACUUGUUUCUUCGCGUUCAAGUACCCAGAUUCCACUAUCCCCAGUCUCCUGAAGCCCAGAUACAAUCAUGCCUCCGAUCCCUAUUCACGCGUCCUCCCCAAUCAAUCAGAACCAAACUCACCCAACGGCAUCUCUGAGUAGAUCGCCAAGCAGUGCAGCAGCUCGAUAUACCCCCCGAGUACCAGCAGCAGCGGCUGCAGGACCUACCACGACGAUCACAGCGGCAUCCGGCCUCGAACCAUCUCCUCAGCCUGGGGCUCCGGCGUACGCUCAACCCACCAACGUCGUCUCCUCUUUCCAAAAUCAGAAUAUCACACCCACUGUGACACACACAUCUAAUCCUCCCGCCGAGGUGUCGUCCAUAACUUCUAAUCCCGCACCACCUCAACCUGGGGCCGUCCCAACUCCUCAACCCCCGAGGUCCCCUAAACUCGCUAUCCCGGCCUAUCCCCAACCUCAUGCCCUUCCUUUUACUUCGGCCUCUCCCACCGCGGGCAUUCGCCAUUCCUUGCCCAGCCCUACUCCAACUCGUAACCGGCCUACAUCCUCCACCUUGUACUCGCCCGUCCCAGUGACAGCACCGGUGGCCGACCUCUCACACCCCCCAGGCUAUCAACAAGACCACCGUGCUAGUUUCGACGACAAGCCCAUUGAAUUCUGCCAACCUAUUGACCGACGAGCAAGUCCCUCGUCGCGUAGGGGAGGCAUUCUUGACGGUGCUCCGACAAUGGAAAGGGAUAAUGACGAUGACACAAUGUUCAAUCAGGCCAUGGCCUGGGCCAAAGCUGCAGGCAAGAGGCUGAGCAGGACCGAAGAACAGAUCUGGAGGAACAUCAACGGCGAUGGAAAGUCAUAAAGAAGGAAUGGGAUACUGUGAUUUCUGGCGCAAGUGGGGUGCACAAGUUGAUGGAGUCUGCGGCAGGAAUGUACAAUAUAAUGAUGGACAGUAUCCCACUCACAGGCGGUUGGAACGUGUCGAUCUGCACACUGGCACGUCGCUCCCUAGACCCCGUGCAAUGGAAACUAGUAAGAAUUAGAGGUUGGAGCCCUAAUCAGGUCCUCAAUCAAACAUCCUUCUGGAGGCAUCGACACAAUACCAGGAUAAUCGCAAUGUCUUG